GGAUUAACUUCACCUGCGUUAAGUACCCAACUCCCACGCUUUCACUCACCGUGGACAAACCACGAAAAACUUUCCUCCAUCCUAUGUUGCAGAACUCAGCCCAACUGAACCAGUUUCAGAUUUUCUCGGUAAAUUUGUGAAAAGGCUUGGAAUUUGAGAAAUUUCAUAGCCAUAUUUAUACCUAGAUUUCCCAACAGCAGGAGGAGAGUUUAUAGAUUGAGGAUUUGGAGCUUGUUAUUUAACUUGAAUCCCAUUGCAAAUUAUUAGGGAGUUGGGGUAUUGUUUGGUGUGGCAUAAUGAUGAUGUUUGAUGAAAUGGGAAUUUGCGGUAAUCUUGAGUUUAUGUCCGUUCCUUUCAUGGAAGGAGACAUGGCUGCCUCUCAGCCUGAACAGGUGGCCCCUGUGGAUGAUGAAUAUACUGAUGAAGAGAUGGAUGUGGAUGAGCUACAGAGGAGGAUGUGGAGAGAUAAAUUACGCCUCAAGCGGCUUAAGGAACAGAAAGAGGAUCAGAAUGGAGCUGAUACUGUUAAGCAGCGGCAGUCUCAGGAGCAGGCAAGGAGGAAGAAAAUGUCAAGGGCACAAGAUGGGAUACUGAAAUACAUGUUGAAGAUGAUGGAAGUUUGUAAAGCUCAGGGCUUUGUUUAUGGUAUUAUUCCAGAGAAGGGAAAGCCAGUGAGUGGGGCCUCUGACAAUCUUCGAGAGUGGUGGAAGGACAAAGUCAGGUUUGAUCGGAAUGGCCCAGCUGCCAUAGCAAAGUACCAAGCGGACAAUUUGAUCCCAGGGAAACAAGAAGGCUGUAAUUCAGUUGGUCCUACUUCACACACCUUGCAUGAGCUUCAAGACACAACCCUCGGUUCACUCUUAUCUGCACUCAUGCAGCAUUGUGAACCCCCACAGAGGCGGUUUCCAUUAGAGAAGGGUAUCCCACCGCCAUGGUGGCCUACUGGGAAUGAGGAAUGGUGGCCCCAGCUGGGUUCACCAAAAGAUCAGGGUCCUCCUCCUUACAAAAAGCCUCAUGAUUUGAAGAAGGCAUGGAAGGUGAGUGUUCUUACUGCAGUUAUGAAGCAUAUGUCACCUGAUAUUUCAAAAAUUCGCAAGCUUGUGAGGCAGUCCAAGUGCUUGCAAGACAAGAUGACGGCCAAGGAGAGUGCCACAUGGCUUGCUAUCAUCAACCAGGAGGAGGCCUUAGCCAGAAAGCUUUACCCUGAUUACCGCCCCCCUUUGUCCUCUGCUAGUGGGAGUGGGUCUUUUUCCAUAAAGGAUUGCGGUGAGUACGAUGUUGAAGGGGUUCAGGAUGAACUGAGUUUUGAGAUUCAGGAAUGCAAACCUGAUAGCAGCAAUUUUCCCAAUUUGAAUGUAGAGAAAAUGAGCCCAAGGCUGCCAGUUCCACAACUGCCUUACCCGAUGAAGGGAGAAGUCGUCACCAACUUGGAUUUCCUUCACAAGAGAAAGCCAUCUCAUGAUCUGGAGAUGAUGAUGGAUCACAAGAUUUAUACAUGCGAAUUUCUUCAGUGUCCUCACAGUGAACCCCAGUUCGGUUUCCAUGACAGGAUUUCUCGGGAUAAUCAUCAACUGACUUGCUCUUAUAGAAGCAAUUCCUCAGAGUUUGGAAUGUUGAAUCUUCAUGUUAAUGAAGUUAAACCAGUUGCUUUCCCUCUACCCUUUGGCCAACCCAAGCCUGCCGCUCCAGCAGCUAACUCUGCCUCGGCUUCAUUCGACCUAUCAGGACUUGGAGUUCCCGAAGAUGGUCAGAAAAUGAUUGGUGAUCUCAUGUCAUUUUAUGACACCAACAUUCAAGGGAGCAAGGUCUCGAAUCCCAGGAGCAUUGCAGUCACAAAUGACCAAAACCUUCAGCAUCCGAAGCGUCAACAUCAUCAGAACAACUCCUUUCAUGGAUUCUUGCAAGAAUCCAACAUGACCCACAAUCACCACAUGUUUCCCCGAGAGGAAAGCCAGUUUGAUCGGUCUAAACUUUUGAAUUCUCGAUUCGAGACCACCCCGAACGAAAACGCUUUCCAGUUCAUAUAUGGGCCUGCUUUCGAUUUGUCAUCAAUCGAUUAUGUGGAGGAUAUUCCAGCAACGACUGCAAUAGAUAUUUCAUCAAAGCAGGAUGCUUCUAUCUGGUAUUGAAAACUUACCAGAAAGAAAUACAGAUGAUGUGAUCCUCUAUGUAAUAUUGAAAUGUAUAUUCUCAGAGAGAGGUGGGAGGUGAAAGUUUUCUUACCCCUAAUUGUUAUUAGUUAUGGUAUGUUCCUUUGCAUGUAAUUCAGGUAUAGGGUUUCAGCGGUCGAAUCUCAUGGGUGUUACAUAUAUGAUAUAUAUUCUGUUUUUUAUCUCGUCAAUUUCAGUUGAAGUAUCAACCUGAUUUGGAAUC